GCCCGAACUCGCAAGAGACCGGCGUCUGCAAGCCGAGGGCAUCUAUCUCACCUGCACCGGCUGCAGAGCAGCCGGGUCGAAGGCGCUGCGGAGGAGAGCGGAUGGAGAAAUGCCCGCGUGGCCUGUGCGUGCUGCGCCCUCGGGGCGCUCCCGCGCUAGUGCCGCGGCAUCUCGCGCAAGACGCCGGCCGCCGAGGUGCCAAGGCGGGGCGACCUUGUGGGCGCGCGUGGGGCACAAGCGCCGGCGCAGCCACACCAGCACCAUCACCUCGUGGUGCCGGCGAUAUCGCACCGACGGCAUGCUUCACAGCCAGCCGCAGACCCACACGGCGCCAAGGGCGGCAGAAUGCCCGCAGACGACCCUGUGUGCGGCGAGCGGCACUCAUAAAGCCUGCACGCAUCCGCACCCACCCCAUCUUCCCGCCCACAACCACCUCACAAUGUCUGCCUUCUCUUCAGCACCACCGCCUUACGACGCCGCCCACGGGGCGCUCCCGCAAGCCCAGGCCGAUACGAUGCCGUCUGGCAGCAAGAGCUGGACGCAGCUCGUGCGCGGCACGCACGACGAGCUCUACGCCGCCUGGGACAGCGGCAUGCUCGGCGCCGAUGCGCCGCAGCACGUGCGCGGCCGCAGUCUGGCGCUGCGCACCGACGGCAACCAGUUCCACUGGAGCGAGUGGCUGCAGUCCAUCACCUGGCACGAGCGCGCCUUCGGGCCCGCACAGUCCGUCAUGACGUUCGCCACGCGCAUGUUCCGCAGCGACAGCUUCGAGAUGCAGGCCGCCGGCAGCAGCCGCACGCUCGCCUCGUGGAAGGAGCGCACCGGCGCACUGACGAUCGGCAAGCAAAAGCUCACCGUGCAGGCCGACGAGGGCCUGCAGAGCGCAGCCGUCCAGCUUGACGGCCGCGCCUGCAGGUGGGAGUGCGUCGGCGAGCUGGUGAGUUGCCGUGCAGGUGCCGCAGCCAGGCAGUGCGCUGACGGCAUCUCCCAGCGCACCGUCGAUGGCCACCGCUGGGACAAGUGCACGUACGGCCUCUACGACACCCAGUCGCGAGAGCUGUGAGUGCUGCACUUCAAUGCUUGUCCGAGCGCCCCGCUGAGUGCCGCUUCACAGCCUCGCCUCCUUCCGCUGGAUCACCGGCGCGCCGCGGUACGCGGUCGACAUGACGCUGUACAUGUGGGACGCCAACAUCGACGAGCACGCUGUCCUCUCCUCCUUCACUGUGUGAGCAGCCUGUCGCGCCGUUCGCCGCGUCUCGUGCUGACGCAGCCGCGCAGCCUCCUGUACAAGCAGUGGUGCCGCAUGACGGCCGAGUGGAACAACCUCACGACGCAAGGGCAGCUCGCCGUCUACGAGAGCAUCGUCGAGGACGAGUCGACGCGCCACA